GAAAACCAAUCAAAACAUAUUUCUUCAGACAAGUUAAAAUAACUUAAUUUGGGUGACUCUAUUUCUUAAUGGGAUACGUAAAAUCAUCAAAUAACAACAAUUAUUUUUAUGUAAAAAAACAUAAUCAAUUAAAUGUAUUAGAAUCAUCAUACGUUGGAAGUUUUGUGAAAAUGGAUGAUAAUAUUAUUGAAAAGUUAUAUCCACUUUAUCAAAAGUUUGCAAAGAAUCAUUAUAGUGUAGUUCCUGAACUAGAAGGAUAUUAUUUAACAAAUAUUUUUAGUGGAGAAUGCUUAAUAUGCCUAGAUUAUACAUUAAUUUAUGAAGGAGAUACUCAUGUGGCUUAUAAUAAAAUUUUAAGAUUAUUUGAACUUCAAGAUAAUAAACCAUUGAAAUUAAAUAGAGAUCCUUUUUGUUCAGAAUUAAACAAUAAGCGUGAUUUUAAUGCUAUUGGAGCUCCGCCGAAACCUUCUGCAAAACCACGACGAAUUUUAUGUAAUUCUAUUUUACAAGAAGAUAAGGAAAAUAAGGAAGCCUUUUCAACUCAGCAUAGAAAAACAAAACGAAUUAGAAGACAAAUUCGUUCAUAUAAGGUAAUCAUUAUUUUUUAAAUUAUAAAAACCAAUCUACUGUUUCACUAAUAUCUUAAUUGCAGGAAAAUGCUAAGGAUAACGGAAUAACAAGAAUAAUGAAAAUAAUUUGGGACCAUCUGUACCUAAUGUUAAUUUACCUGCUUCG